GCCUCGGGUCCGAACUUCCUCCCAUCGUAGGUUCGGCGGGUCUGCGUACCGGCCCUCAGCAGAAGUCUGAGGCUCUGCUGGCGGGCGUGGUGGUGGGUCCAGAGUUGAAGGCCAGAAUCGGGUGGCGUUCUAGCAGAGGCAGCGAGCUCUGCGACCCUGAGAGGUUCCUGCUGCAGAUGGAUGGGGCAGAGGGUAACACCGGGCAGCCCGGCCACGCUGAGCGGUCCCACCGAAGCAGCGUUUCCUCCGUGGGAGUCCGAGCAGCUGAUGUGCUGGUGUACCUGGCUGAUGACACAGUAGUGCCCCUGGCUGUGGAGAACCUGUCCUCGAUCAGUGCCCAUGAGCUGCACCGCGCAGUCCACGAUGUCCUGCAGCUCCCAGAUGUGGCCCUGGAGGCCUUUGCACUCUGGCUUGUCUCCCCUCUUCUAGAGGUGCAGUUGAAACCCAAGCACCUGCCCUACAAGUUGGGCCGCCAGUGGCCAGAGCUGCUGCUGCGCUUCACCGAUGCCUCCGAUGAUGAUGUGGCCAUGGAUGAGCCUUCCCUUCAGUUCCGAAGGAAUGUGUUCUUCCCAAAGCACCGAGAGCUCCAGAUCCAUGAUGAUGAGGUCUUGCGGCUGUUCUAUGAGGAAGCCAAGGGCAAUGUGCUGACUGCUCGAUACCCUUGUGACCUGGAGGACUGUGAGGUGCUGGGUGCCCUGGUGUGCCGUGUGCAGCUUGGGCCUUACCAGCCUGACCAGCCUGCUGCCUGCACUCUGAGGGAGAAGUUGGACUCCUUCCUCCCUGCCCACCUCUGCAAACGAGGCCAUGGUCUCUUUGCUGCCUUCCGGGGCCGAGGGUCCAAGACUGGGUCAAGCGAGCAAGGUGUGCUGAAUGCCUACCGCCAGGUAAAGGAGGCCACAGGCAGUGACAGUGAGACCACCUUGGGCUCCCACUAUCGCGCUUACCUCCUCAAGUGCCACGAGCUGCCCUUCUACGGGUGUGCCUUCUUCCAUGGUGAGGUCGACAAGCCAGCCCAGGGCUUCUUGCAUCGGGGCGGGCGCAAACCAGUGACCGUGGCCAUCAGUCUGGAAGGUGUAUAUGUCAUCGACAGCAGGGAGAAGUAUGUGCUGCUGGGCCUGCGCUUUCAGGAGCUGUCGUGGGACCACACUUCCCCCGAGGAGGAGGAGCCUGUCCUGUGGCUAGAGUUUGAUGGUGACAGUGAAGGCACACCUGUCAACAAGUUACUGAGGAUCUACUCCAAGCAGGCUGAGCUGAUGAGUGGCCUCAUUGAAUAUUGCAUUGAGCUGAGCCAGGCCGCUGAGCCCACUCUGCCCCAGGAGAGCGCAUCUGGCUCUCAGGAAGCUCCUAGUCCCUCUCCACCUCCCACUCAGCGUCCCAAGCUGCGGAGGCAGGGUAGUGUGGUCUGUAGCCGAAUUCAGCAUCUCUCCACCAUUGACUAUGUGGAAGACGACAAGGGGGUCAAGCGAGUGAAACCCAAGCGCACCACGUCCUUCUUCAGCCGGCAGCUCUCCUCCAGCCAGGGCAGCUACUCCGUGGUACAGCCCACUGACGACAGCCUGGAGCAGAGCUGAGGGAAGCCAUGCCUGACAUCUGGGUGCCCAGACCUGAGUAGCCACUGCCCUAGGCAGGACUAACCCACAUUAGUCCCAAGACUGUGGGCCUAGGGCUGUGCUGUGCAGGGUCUGCUGGAAAAGGGAUGUCCAAGCCUGCCCUGAACCUGACUGGGAAGAGCUGGCCUGCAGCCCUUUCUACAGCCUGCCUCUUCCUGGACUCCAGGCCCAGCAGCUGCCCCUCUGCUCACCCCAAGUAGACUGUGUCUUCUCUCCGAAGGGACUGCUGGCAGUCCCGGUGGCUGGUGACGGAAGUCAGAGCUCAGGACCUGCAAGUUCAGUGUUUGCCUUUGGUCUCUGGGACAUUGGUGACCUUAUCUUGUGUUUCUUCUGCUGACAUUCCACCCACACUGCCAGGACAGGCUGCCACUUUUCUCCUAGGAUGUGUGGGACUGGAGGGAGUCUCUGCAGGCAGAGACUGAGCAGUUGGGCUGCCUUGCUGUGGCUGUGUUGCCGGUCUCUGUGCUGAAUGGUGGCUGUCCUAGGGAUGGCUCUACACCCCACACAGGAAAAGCCCUCCUGGUAAGCCCUUACACCUCCCUGGGCUUGAAUGGCUCUGGGACAUACCUGCCAGUCCUGUUUUCCUGUGAUGUGGGUCUCAGGGUGUUAGAUUUGCAUCUUGUCUCAUCUGCUUUGAGUGGUUAAAGCCUAGGACCUGGCUACUCACUUGAGCCUGAGGCCACCCACACUAACUCAAGCCUUUCUCCUAAGGAUACUGUAAAGGGGCCCAGCUCUGUCCCCCUGGCAGCAGUGACUGCUCUAGAGAGGAGCUGGUCCAGGAAGGGGUGCUUUCCAGGAGAGCAUACACAGCUCUCAGUACGUUCUAGGAAUCCCCACGGGGUCCCAGAGACACAGAGAUGAGCCUUGUCGUCACAGUGGAACGCCACAGGAAUGCAAAGCCUCACAUUUCUCUAGUGAAAGCAGCUUACCUGCCCAGUGAGUUCUGGACAGUGGAGAGAAGGAAAAGGCUGCCUUCGCUGUCGGGAUGUCUGUAGGGGAUGUCACCUGCCACUUUUCAAUCCUCUUGGAGGCAUAUGCCUUCCCAGAGCUACAGCCCACUCUCUUGGUGACAGCCUUGGCCAUCUCCAGGUGUGUUAUGUGAGGGGCCAGGCCGUGUGUGUGCGUGGGUACACAAACUAUGCAUUUCCAUUAGGCAUUACUUGUGCCUUAACCCUCUGGGAUUAUGUCCCGAGUGUCCUCAAUCUUUCCUGUCAUUUGACUUAUUAAUAAAAUCAUUGCCUACCACA